AUGCAGGUGUCGGCGGCGGCCGAGCGCAACAAGGAGCCCAUCCUGAGCGUGCUGCGGCAGUACGUGGACCCCGGGCGGCCGGCCCGCGUGCUGGAGGUGGCCUCGGGCUCGGGGCAGCACGCCGCGCACUUCGCGCGGGCCUUCCCGCGCGCCGAGUGGCAGCCGUCCGAGGUGGACCCGCGCUGCCUGGACAGCAUUGCGGCCACCACUCGCGCCCAGGGCCUGUCCAACGUGAAGGCCCCGCUGCACCUGGACGUGACCUGGGAGUGGGAGCAGUGGGGCGUGCGGCCGCAGUCGCUGGACCUGCUGCUGUGCAUCAACAUGGCCCACAUCAGCCCCCUGCGCUGCACCAAGGGCCUUUUCAGAGCCGCUGGACACCUGCUCAAACCCAGUGCCCUGCUCAUCGCCUAUGGGCCCUUUGCAGUCAACGGCCAGAUCUUUCCCCAGAGCAAUGUGGACUUUGACCAGGCCCUCAGAAGCAGGAACCCCGAGUGGGGGCUGCGGGACACAGCUGUCUUGGAAGAACUAGGCCAGGCUAAUGGCCUGCCUCUGGAGAAGAUGGUGGACAUGCCAGCCAACAACAAGUGCCUGAUUUUCCGGAAAGAGUAACCCUCUCCUUCAUCCCGCAGCUCUGCUAAAGGCUCCGUGGGGCAUAGACCAGACCCCAGGCUUUGCUCCCCUGGGCCAGGCCUUGGGAAUAACCAGCCUCAUGUAACCUGGGCUCUUGGCCAGUGGCCCUAGGGCUGCCAAGAUCCUGGGCCCAGUAGGCCUUGAAUAAAGCAUUUCCUGUUGGCCAACGGUA